GUAUUUUCUGUAUUAAUUGCCCUUUUUUGUUCCGGUCACUCCAUUUUACAAAGCGCGCGUUAACAGGACAUGCAUAAAUUAUGAAUCCAUACUACCCAACAUCGUAUCCGCCGGGUUAUGCCCCUGCACCGUACCAGGGACAGUACCCGGCACCAUACCCGGUAAUCUACGCAGCGCAGCCGUACGGUUACUAUCCCCCGCCCCCACCUUCUCCUACCGCUGGUCCGUACUUUUACCAGUACGGACACCCCUAUCAGCGGUGGUACGCAGGAGGGGCUAACGGGCGCCGCCGGCGUCCCCACUGCACCAUAAGGGCACACAAGCGUUACCGGAAUGAUGCUGGUCCGGCACCUGCCGCUGCACCUGCAGCUCCACCUGCAGCUCCACGUACAGCAGGAACUGAACUUUCUGUUGAAAGAAUGAACAUAAACAACUAA